GUGUACUGCGGGAGACCAAAUAUAGUGAAUGCAGGGUCCGGAGAGAGCGGAUAUAGUGAAUGCAGGGUCCGGGGAGAGCGGAUAUAGUGAAUGCGGGGUUCGGGGAGAGCGGAUAUAAUGAAUGCAGGGUCCGGGGAGAGAGCGGAUAUAGUGAAUGCAGGGUCCUGGGAGACCGGAUAUAGUGAAUGCCGGGUCCAGGAGAGCGGAUAUAGUGAAUGCAGGGUCCGGGGAGAGCAGAUAUAGUGAAUGCUGGGUCCGGGGAGACCAGAUUUAGUGAAUGCAGGGAGAGCGGAUAUAGUGAAUGCAGGGUCCGGGGAGA